AUGGCCUCCCACGACGAGGAUACGAUGCCGGAGGAGACGCAGGGCUACAAGCUCUCCCAGCCCAAGCACAGCUUGGCCGAGUACCAGCAGAUGGACGCCGGUGACGAGUCCCUCCAGAGGUACAAGGAAUCCCUCGGCCUCGGCGGCGGCAAGGACAUCUCGGACCCCGACGACGCCCGCGUCUGCAUCAUCCUCGCCCUCACCAUGGACUCGCCGGGCCGGCCGGCCGUCACCAUCGACCUCGCCACGGCCGGCAGCGAACGGACGCUCAAGGACAAGCCGUUCAAGAUCAAGGAGGGCGCCAAGUUCACCAUGAGCGCCCAGUUCAAGGUCCAGCACGAGAUCCUCAGCGGCCUGCACUACGUCCAGGUGGUCAAGCGCAAGGGCAUCAAGGUUUCCAAGGACUCGGAGAUGAUUGGAAGCUACGCGCCCAACACGGACAAGCAGACCACCUACGUCAAAAAGUUCCAGGAGGAGGAGGCCCCCUCGGGCAUGCUGGCCCGCGGCCACUACAACGCCAUCUCGAGCUUCGUCGACGACGACAAGAAGAAGCAUCUCGAGUUUGAAUGGAGCUUCGACAUUGCCAAGGACUGGUGA